UAGCCGGUACCGGCGGUCCGCAGGCUGCGGCUACCCCAGAUCGCUUCGUCGCUGGACUACCAUCGCGCCGAUCAAGCGAUGACGAAGGUCCACCGGUACAAAAGGAUGGCUCAUGGGUACCAAUGCAAUCGAUUUCUGCUCCGCUAAGGCGAUCAUGGCACUACUUGCGAACAAGGUCGUCGUCAUUACCGGCGCUUCUCGGGGUAUUGGUCGCGCCUGUGCGAUCGAAACUGCGAAGCACGGGGCCACGGGGCUUGUACUUCACUACUUCGGAGACGAGGCAACGACGAGGGAGGUCGAGACGCUGAAGCAAGAAAUCGAAGGCGCCUACACCCAUGCAAAGGUCGUCGUUGUUCCAGGAGAUAUCGCUCUGCGCGAGACAUCGUUAAAGGUUGUCGAGGAGGGCGUGAAGGCCUUCGAUCGCAUAGAUGUUCUCGUCAGCAAUGCGGGCAUCUGCCCCUUCUCGGAGUUCCUGACCAUGUCGCCCGAGACUUGGGAGCGGACACGUCAAGUCAACCUAGAUGGGGCAUUCUACAUCACACAAGCCGUGGCGAACCAGAUGAAGAACCAGACACCACAAGGAGGUUCCAUCAUCGGCAUCUCCUCCAUCUCCGCGCUCGUCGGCGGAGAGUACCAGGUCCACUACACGCCGACGAAAGCAGGCAUCCUAUCGCUCAUGCAGAGCUGCGCGGUGGCCUUGGGCAAGUAUAACAUCCGGGCCAAUGCCGUCCUACCAGGGACAAUCGAAACGGACAUCAACAAGGAGGACCUGUCGGAUGUCGCCAAACGAGAAGCCAUGAUCAAGAGAACUGUGCUAGGCCGGCUCGGAGGUACGUUUUCUAGCGAUGUCCGUUGUCUGCCAGCUGACCGCGGAAUAGCUCCGGACGAUAUCGCGGGACCGGUCGUUUUCUUGGCCAGUGAUCUUGCCAAGUAUGUGACCGGCGCUCAGAUAUUGACGGACGGAGGGUUGUUCGUCAACUUGCAAUGAGAUGAGAUUGAAGCACGUGUAAGCAGUCAUUAGUGAAAUGUGUAUCUAAUGCUUGAGCUCGGCGGGAAGGGGUCUACCAUGAACCACUGCAGGUUCAGCGUCGAUGAUAAUUGUUAUCCACCGCGUCCACUCCGGUCCUGGGUUCCUCCAAGCAUGGAUCGUGCCGCGCUGCACUACAGUAUCACCUGGCUUCUCCAAAAGAGUCUCUGAGCCGUCCUCCAUGAUGAGGAUUAAUUUCCCGCUCAGCAAGAUGUUAUGGUCAAGAGAAGACGUCCUGUGCAUGGGGGCCGAGGCACCAGGAGCCAAGUCCGUGUACUGAAGGUUCGUGCCGCUCUUCAUGAUCAUCCCGAAGUCACCGUCAGGUGCACGAGUCGCACCAUCCGUCUCGUCGUUAUUGUCCUUCACGGGCAACGCGCCGGUUUUCCACAUAGAACCAACUCGGACUCCAGGCAUCUUGGGGCCUACCUCGAGCGAGUCUACGAUGCCGUCGACCUUCGCGACCGCUACCCCGUCCGCGGAGUGCCCGGUAACUAUGCGCCGUACUCCGGGGAGAGGUGCCGCAGACAUAUCGCUCAAUAU